AUGAUGAGAGGUGUUGAGAGAGUGAAGGAGUUUCUUCGACCUUUGGUUGAUUCCAGAGAUUGGGACUUUUGUGUUAUCUGGAAACUCGGUGAUGAUCCUUCUAGGUUUAUUGAAUGGGUGGGAUGCUGCUGUAGUGGUAGUUAUAUUGAUAAGAACAUUAAGCAUGAAGAUGUGGAAGAAGAGAGACAACAGAUGAGCUCUGUUUGCAGAGAUGAACACAACAAGCAUCAUAUAAGAACACUUGCUUGUGAAUCUCUUUCUCGUUUUCCUCUCUUCAUCCCUCUCUAUCCCGGGAUUCAUGGAGAAGUAGUCAUGUCACAGUCUCCCAAAUGGUUGGUUAAUUCAGGUCCAGGAUCUAAACAGGACAUGUUCAGAACACGAGUUCUUGUCCCUGUGCGUGAUGGUCUAGUUGAGCUUUUCUCAUUCAUAAUGAAACCAGUUGAUGAAAGCAUGGUUGAUCUGAUCAUAACGCGUUGUAACGCCUUCUUUGAACCAUUCCCUGAACAAACACUCCCAUGUGGGGAACAAGCACCGGGUUUGGUAAUGACCAAGGAAGAGGAUGUGGUGUUGCAAGACACCAUAGACGUCAAAGGUAGUAAGAAGCUGACAGAAGAUAACUUCAAAUCAAAGAAUCUUCAUUCAGAGAGAAAAAGAAGAGAGAGGAUUAAUCAGAGAAUCUAUGCUCUUAGAGCCAUAGUCCCUGUAAUUACAAAGAUGAAUAAAAAUGGAACUAUUAGUGAUGCGGUUGAUUACAUCAAUGAACUGCUAGUGGAGAAGCAGAAACUUGAAGAUGAACUGAAUGGAAUCAACGAGAUUGAAUGCAGAGCAGAUGAAGAAGCUGUGAUGGCUAAUCAAGUAGCUGCAAAAGUUUCCUCUAAACUCAACAAGAAUGUGAACAAUGAGGUGAAUCUUGAAGUCCAUGAGACCGGUGAACGAGAUUUCUUGAUUCGUAUUGCGCAGGAGCAUAAGAGAGAUGGAUUCAAGAGGUUGAUAGAGGCUGUAGAUUCUUGUGGACUUGAGAUCAUCCAUGUCAAUUUCACCAGACUCGAUCUCAGAGUCAUGACCAUUCUCAGUGUCAAGGCGAACAAAGACGGAACUACACCUGGAGAUCUGAGAGAUUUGCUGCUGGAUAUGAUGAUAACUUCAGAUGCAGAGUCUGUCAAACAAUGUACAUACCCAACCACAUGAAAGGGUUCAAAUGUUUUGUUUGCUUCAGCCACAAGUUACAGCUUUGGUCUGAUUCUCACAAGCUUUUUUGGUGACAAGUUAUAUGUUGAGACUAUAUCAAAACUUGCAAAAUAUCAACAUAACAAUCAGCUCCAUGUGAUGGGUUUUUGCUUUUUUAAAUCCAUUUUGUUACAAAAGUUAAUCUACAGUAUCUU